AUGCUACCACAGGCAGAAACGACGAUAUCAAUGCUCGAAUUAGACCACGAGAUCCAGAUAGUUCAGGAUACUAAAUCGAAUCUGUCUCAGGACGAAACCUCAUCUGAUACGAGCUGUCAUGUGGCCAAUGCAAGCAAUGACAUCAAAGUCAAUAUAAGCAAGUGCCAUGUCCACUUUUCAGCAGAUUGCGAAGAAUUCCACCCCACGGUUGGAUGUACUGUCGAAGAGAAACGAAAGGCUUACAUUAAUCUUGAUGAUUUUGAUCAAAUAAAGAAGGAGAGAAGAUCGACAAUUAAGCGGAUGAACAAAGGUUCGAAGCUCAAGAGAGAUCAAUUUGCACGAGGUCUCGAGGGAUAUACGCGGGAAGGUUCAAAAAUACGGCAACAACUCAUUUCUGAUAGUAUUAAGGCCGUCCUAGUCGAGCAAUCGAAGCAACUGAUGCAGAACGAAAGAGAUAUUGGUCAAAUCGCGCAGGCGUAUGCCGUUCAUUCGUUACCCUGUCAAUUAGCGGCGUAUAAGUUGGGGCUAAGGGAUCAUGUGGCUGUUGAUGAAAGUGACCGUGAUAGCGUGGGGUCUGAUAUCGCCAAUAAACCUGUUGUAAAUAUGGAAAGCGUUGGCAAUACUCAAGCACGCGUGGAUGCGCCCUCCAGUGUUGGUGUCUGUUGGAAAAGGUCAUAA